ACUGGUCUCUCUGCUGGAGGAGCGGCAGAGCAGAGGGGCCCCGGUCGUUUUCCAAUGUUGGGGAGCCGGGAAACAGGAACCGCGGGUGGCGAGGAGGAGGCUGCCAGGCCGCCGGGGCCGCUGAGCCGGGGACACCGCGGGGAGGAGACGCCUCCCUGCCGCGUAGGGUGUCGUCUCACCGGCCUGGUCAACUGGAGGCAGAGACCGUGCAGGACUUCAGCGCUGUUUGCUGCAGCCAACACGGUGAUCUGGUUUGUGGCCUUCAGCUCUCUGCGAGCCUACAGCCUCCUGACCGUCUUGCUGGCCCUGCUGGUCGUCACGGUGACCGCAAGAGACGUCGCUCGGUCCAGAUCCACAGGAGCUCACUUAUGGCGCAGCAUGACUGCAAGCUGGGAGAUCAUUGACUCAGGCCAGGACAGCCGGUCCGGGGCUGGACCUCAGCUCAGCGACUCCCUCAAACUCUUCCUCCAAGAGACGUCGGCUUUCAAACAGCAAAACCCCGGCAAGUUUUGCCUGCUGGUUUGCAGUUUGUGCACCUUCUUCGCUGUCUUAGGACGCUACAUUCCAGGGAUUGUUAUCUCAUAUAUUUUAGUGCUGGGCGUUUUCCUGUGGCCUCUGAUUUCAUCUCACGAGGUUGGUUUGUGGCUGGAGCCAGUUCUGCAGAAGCUGGACUUUGGCAUCGGGGAGUUCCUUCAGAAAAUCAAAGAGAACCAUGAGAAGAGGAUCAUGCAAGCUCAGACUGAGAAAGAAGGCAUCGAGUCGGACCUUUCUUCCAUGUUUCCCAAGCUCGACUCCACUGUGUGUAAGGAAAUGUCUGUGUCAGACACAGAGGUGUCUGAUGUGACGUGGACGGACAACGGUACUUUCAACCUGUCGGAAGGACACACACCACAGACUGAGAACUCAGAGGACCUCGACAGAGAAGAAGCGUUCACUGGAGGCCUUCCAGAAUUCCCCUCACUUGACAAUGGCACAACGACCAAUGGCGACGAUGACGAUGACUUCAGCCUCGGCCUUUCCUCGCCUCCACCUCAGCCCCAGCAGCCAAUCAAAUCCAAGCAUAUGCCCUCUCCUCACAAAGACCAAACCACCGACAAAGCCCUCGAAUUAGUCAACCAGAUGGCGGGCGACGUCAUCGCCGCAGCUGUCACAGCCGCCAUCCAGGAGAGGAUAGAAGCAGCGGUCGGCUUCAAGGCGCUGAGCAAAGGCUCGGAGCGGUCAAGACUCCCACAAUCCACCAGGCUGCUGGAGCUGGCCGAGGAGUCGGACAGCGAGGUGGAGGACUUUGAGCUGCUGGACCAGUCGGAGCUGGAGCAACUGGAGGGGGAGCUGGGGUUGGUAGAGGAGAAGGAGGCCAAAGAGGAGUCACAGGCCAAGAGUGACAAGCCCGCCUCUUCUGGAUUCUUCUCCAAAUUACUGAGACGCCAGUGAUUGAUGAAAGUAUGGUCGGCCUGGGAGGAGGACGGGUUACAGAGGACAUGUGGAGGGGAAGGGGGGGUGUUCUGGUCACAGAGGACUGUUGGAGGUUAUGAGAAAAAAUAUUUCCAUUUAUCUUUUCCUGUAGAGCUAACAUCAACAUUUUAGAACCGGUCAGUUUGUCAGAUAUGGAGGUAAAGUCACUAUAAUCAGAAUCAUCAUAGUGCAAUGCCAAAAUCAGACUACACGAUAUCAGCCAGAUAAAGUCAGGCAUGGGGACAAAAGUGAGUGUUAGGUGUCACCAUUGCUCAUUUUAUCCUGUGCAGUGUGUGAUAGAGGAAAACAACUGAUGCAGCAUCUGGGAUGCAUCAUAACGUCCUGACCAAAAGACGACUGCGAGGUGUGUGUGUACCAUCACGUUGGUGUAACCCAGAGGAAAACACAAGUGAAAAUUAUCAGUGAAAAACAUGGAGGGUGCUUUUGCGUGUGCAGCCUUCACAGGGCGCUGUGUAUUUAUUUACAUUUAUUUGGUUCAUUCUUGUGCGCCCCUACGGUUUUUGCGCACACUGCACCGCAGCCAGUUCGGAGCAUAUUUAUGUAGCCGACUGGUCCAAAAUGGCCCAUGACCAUUGUGACAUACACAAAUAUAAUGUAGACUGAUCCUGGCAUGACGGGUUUAAAGGUAUACUAUGCAGGAUUUCCCUAAAAACUCCCUCUCAAUCAUCGCUUACGAUCCACUCUCAGUAUGUGACGGUGUAUUUUUCUGCCCUCUGUGACCAGGUGCCAGGCAUCAAAGAGAUACAGCCCCGAAAAAUCGCAAAUCUAGCGAGGCGAAACACCAAACAAGAUAUAACUGCAGCACAACACAUAUUUUACCUGCUGCCUGAGUGGAUAUUUUGGGUGAAGCAGGUGCAAAGACUUCCUGUUAUAUAUCAUUAUUAUAUAUUAAACUGACCGCCUCUGGUUUCCAAACUCUCCAGCCACUGAUGCUACAGUUUAGAGAGCUGUCAAUGCACCUAACACUUACUUUGAUGCUGAAUUCAUUCAUCCAACUACAUUACCCAGAAUUCCAAAGGAAUGACAAUCACUAGGCAAUCAAAACACCUUUAAUGCUCAAAAUACUACUACUGGUUGGGUAGUUGUCUAUGAGCAUUAAAAACUAGAAAACCCUUUUUUAAAUCAUUAGUUCCUUUUUUAAUUUUGUAUGCACUUUUUUUUAACAUGUAGUCCAGGAUGUUAAUUUUAUGACAACAUGCAGCAGGUCUCAAAAUGCUAUGCAUGGAAAUAUCAUUUUGAGACAAUUAUAUUUAAACAUUUAAACAUUUUACUUCCAUGUCACGUGGCUCACUGGGGCCAUCAGUGGGCAUAGAGAAAAAUAUUUUACGUUUGGAUCAUCCUCCAACACGUCAAACUAAAUUGUGAUUUAAAGUUUGAUUGAAGUGGUCAUGGCUGUCAUAAUCUAAAGGCCCAAACACACUAAACCAACAUCGAAGAACUAGUGGUGACGAAGGCCAGUUGUUGCCUCACAUCACCUGUGUAUCAGCCAAAAAGUCACACUCAAAGAGUACAGCCAACAGCCAGCUAGCAUGUACGUUCUGCAUCUGUGUGGGAGGAAUAGCAGCAGCAGCAAACGUCUCCAACUUCUAUUUCUCCUUUCAUGCACUGACAUCAAUUCAACUUGCUGAAUGUCAAUUGGUGCCAAUGGUGCAGGACACACUGUUACAACUAGGGCAACAGGCGCUCAGUGACGGCCUAACAUUGACCAACGACUGACUGUUGGCUCCCUGUGUCAGGGCCCUAAAACAGUAACCUGACUCACAGUUUACUGGCCAGUUUGCCUUCAGCUGAGAGGCUCAGUCGGCAUUCAGUGGAUAUCAACCAACAAAAACAGAUUUAGGCUUGAAAGUUACAUUCCUGCAAAGCCACUGCUCAAAACGCAUAUUGAGACAGGAGUUCCUGCCUCAGGAGCAUCUCAUUUUAAAACCAUGGCUUCAUCCCUUUGUCAAUUGAUAAAUAGCCCGUUUAAACCUUUGUUGAAGUGGAAAUAGACAACUUUUGUUCAACAGUCAACUUAUCCUCCCGGCCAGUGUUUUGAAGUAAUAUUAUUGUUGCUGUCACAAUAACAAUGCAGUCGCUAAAGUUAGAAGCCAGAAAUAGACAUAGAUGUUUCUUUUUUUCUAGGGGAAAAAAAUGAACAAAUCUUAUUGGUCCUGGCUUCAUGGCUCAUUUUCUAGCUCCUAGUGUCAGCAACAUGGCUCUAGCAGCCUCGCUAAUGUCCAAUGCAAGAAACAUUAAGAAUACCAAUUUACCAAAACAAGCAAACAAAAAAAAAACCCUGAUCUUAGUGCUACAAUAAAGGCAGAGUAAAAUGGUGCGUUCCAUCUGGACUAGGAAUUUGGAAUUUCAAAGUUCGCAGUCGUAAAUGUCAACUGGAACACCCACUAAAGUUGGCUUUCCAAUGCGGAAAGUCACCAACCCAACCUCAAAAUCCAAGAUGGAUGCUCUGUGCAUCAACAGUAAUGAAAGCUGUAUUGAUUUACUGUUAAUUCGCACCUCUGUCUAAAAAAAAAGUCAUACACAGUUCUGUCCGACCGUCAUCUGUGGAAAUGUUGCUACAGUGUUUGUGUGUGCAGAAUACAGCAUAAUGCGUUGUUAUCAACUGGUAUUGCUUACACUGGCUAACCUAGCUUGAACUGUGAUUACUGUGAACUCGGGUGUGACAUUAUUCCCAGCUCCGACCUCCGACUUCCAAGAUAAAGAGAACGCAGUAUAACACCUGGUACCUUACUGAGCUAGUAGGAAGAAUGAAAACUGUCGGUUGUGAACCCUCUCACCCCUGCUACAGAGAAGACACUAUGUGAACACUCCCAUAACUGUGACUGGUCAGACUGGUCAUGCUGGAGCCCAUGAAGACCUCUGCUCCUCACAUCAUAGGAUGAUCCAAAAUAAAUAAUAAAUAAAAUAAAUAAAAUAAUUCAGAUUUAGUUUUAGUGCACUGAAAGUAAAAUGAUACGAGAUAGAGUAUUUCAAUUGCACCUUAUUAUUUAAUGAUGCACCUACGUAGGGAGUCUGCUGUGUCCAGCAUCCGUCGUGAAGUGAAGACGAAGAAUGACUGAACUGUUCUUUUAACAUGCCUUGUACAUUAAAAGACAUUGUUUUUAUAAUAAAGACACACAGCAAUGUAUAAUGUAUCCUCUUGAAUUAAUCAUGUAUGCCUUGUAUUAGCAUAACUAAAGAUGACAAUAGAAAUAUUUGUUUUUCAGUGCCUACGAGAAAUGUGUAGUGGCUGCAGUUCGUUUCUAGCUCACAGGUCAUAACUGUAUAAGAUGAAGAAAUGUUCCAACCUCUAGAUAAGAGUUGGGGCAGGUUCGGGCUUCACUAAGAAAAGACCAUUUUAAAUAUUUAAUAGAUAAAAAUAAAAAAAGAUUAAUGUUUUUCAUUUACCUUCUGGUUGUAUCACGGUGGUUAAAGUGAGAAACCCUUUGACUUCAGUUCAGAAACAUGUUGGUGGGUCAGAACCAAAAUGCAUUAACAAAAUGUACUUUUAUGUAAUCAAGAAUGUCAAUAAACUACUGUCACGCAGUCUGUAGACUGA